UAUGAAAUAAUAUGUUUAAUUUUGUGUUAAUUAUUAUUUAGUAUUGUUUUAAAAAUGAAAUCAUAAAUAUAUUCAGGUAAUAACUAAUUAGAUGUGAUAGACAUAAAUGAUAGUACGAGUAUUUUGUAUAGCAUAUAUAGUCAAUAUAGUCUAUAGUACGAGUAGUGAGUACUAUAUAUUCUUAUUAAAUAAAAAUAAAAGUUCCAUUGGUUUUUACCUUGGAAAAUUAACGUGGCAAAACCAAUAUUAUUUAUGUCGUAAAUAUGAUCUGAUUGAAGUAGGAAAUGUUAAACAUAUUAUUUUAAAACCAAAAACUAAAACCGAAAAUAUUAUUUAUGUUGUACCAUAUGAAAACUAUUUUGAAAAAAUCGAAGAAAGCCAUAAAGCGACUGGUCAUGGUGGAAGGGAUAAAGUUGAGCAGAAUUUAAAAAAUAAAUACAACAUUCCUCGAAUAGCAAUCCAAAUAUUUAUUAAUUUGUGUACAACUUGUAACAAAAAAAAAUCAAAACCUUGUAAAGGCGUCGUUAUAAAACCAAUAUUAUCGGCAGAUUUUAAUUCAAGAGGGCAAAUUGACCUUAUUGAUUUCCAAUCAACACCCGAUGGAAAUUUUAAAUGGGUCAUGAACUAUCAGGAUCACGCAACCAAAUAUUUAUAUCUUCGACCACUUACUUCAAAACGAGCCACCGAAGUUGCACACGAACUUUUAAAAAUUUUUUUGAAACAAGGAGCACCUCAAAUACUUCAGUCUGAUAAUGGGCGAGAAUUUACAGCGAAAAUAAUUGAAGAAUUGGCAGAAUUGUGGCCUGAAUGUAAAAUAGUACAUGGGCGGCCACGGCACCCUCAGAGUCAGGGAUCUGUAGAAAGAUCAAAUCAAGAUGUUGAAAACAUGUUACGAGCUUGGGUCGUAGACAAUAAAAGUACCAAGUGGUCAAUCGGAGUUUAUUUUGUACAAUGGCAAAAAAACAUUUCACAUCAUCGAAUUUUAGGUCGUUCGCCAUAUCGAGCCUUGUUUGGCACUGAACCGAAGGUAGGUCUUAGUUCUACAAACUUACCUGCCAAAAUUAUUCAAAAAUUAUCAAGUGAAGAAGAUUUUGAAAAUAUUUUACAAGACAAUUCAGAACAUAAUUUUGACAAUAUACCUUCAAAGAAAAAAAUAUAUAGUGACAUAAAUAAUAUCUGCAGUGUUUGUGAAAAAUCAGGUAGUGAACUAAAAUGUACUAUAUGUAAAAGAAAUAUUCAUUCUGAUAAUUGCAGCUAUUCUAUAAAUAAUAGUAACGAUAUUGAAAAUAUUUGUCUGCUAUGUAAUAAUGAAAAACAGAUAAAAGUUAACCGCAUUGAAUCUUACAAACGGCAAACAAUAGCAGCUAAAAAAAUGACAGAAAAUAGUGAAAAACUAUUUAAAGAACUAAAGGUUGGUGAUCAAAUAGUAAUUAGUGUUCCAAAAGUAGACCGAGGACCUCUCGAUAGUCAAAAUAUAAAUGGGUUAGUGAUAGACAUUCGGAACGGCGUUUACCAAAUUGGUACAGAAGUUGGUAUAAUAAAAAAUUGGUGUUCAAGAGAAGAACUUCAACUAGUGUCGAAUAAUGGUUUAGAAGAUAGCAAAAUACAAAAAGACAAAUUCGUGUCCAUACGUGAAGCAGUAGCAAACUUAUCAAUUUUCAACGGUCAAGGUUUUGUUAAAUGUCAAUGUCAAGCAGGAAAGCGGCAAUGUCAAACCAAUAGGUGCUUAUGUUUUAAGAAAAAUCUUAAAUGUUCCAGCAAAUGCCACCAAAUAACAACAUGUGACAACAAGCAAUAGGUAACAAAAACUUGUAAUUAUAAUAUACCUUUUUUAUUUAUUUUUUAUUAUUUCAUUUUUAAAACAAUACUAAAUAA